ACUUGACAUUUACGACCUUGAUUAAAAAUAGGUUAAAUUGAGGUUAGAUUUCCAACCCAUUUUUACUGAAGUGAUUAAUUUUAUAAAUAGAAUAUUAAUAAUAGGUACAUGCUUUAUCCCUUAAAUUAAACCAUUGCUAAACUAAAAAUAUGAAAAUUAACGAUAAAAAUCUUUGUGCAUUUGCUGUGUCAGCAACUCCUGUUGAUAAAGAAGGGUUUUUAAACAAAAGAGGAGAACUUAAUAAAAAUUUUCAAAAGAGGUACUUUGUCUUGAAAGGGAAUUUGCUUUUCUAUUUUGAAAAGAAGGGAGAAAAGGAACCUCUCGGUGUAAUAAUUUUGGAAGGAUGUACAAUUGAGUUAGGUGAAGAAGAAGAGCAAUUCUGUUUUAAAAUUCUUUUCCAUGGUACCAACAAUAGAAGUUAUAUUUUGGGUGCAGAAUCUCAAGAAUCCAUGGAACAAUGGAUGAAAGCUUUAGCAUGUUCUAGUUAUGAUUAUAUGAAAUUAAUGGUGGCAGAAUUGCAGAGACAAUUAGAUGAUAUAGAAGAAACUCCUAUUCCUGUACCUGUCAAAGAGGCUCAAAAUUCACCAGUUGCACCGCCAAGAACUAGGCACAAUCCUUUUAAUAAACCUGAGAUGAAUACACAUGUUAGGCCUGCCAGUGUUAGAAACACUAGUAGAAAUGAUGAAUCCAUUAGACAUUCUGAUCCAGCAAGUUUACCACCAACACAAAAGAUUACAUUUAGAGAACUGCAUAAUUCUUAUGGAAGACCAAUCUUGCAAGAUUUUAAUAUUUGGAAACGAGAACAAAGGGAGAAAUCGGAUAACGCUGUUACAAAUUUGAUCUCAUUUUAAUUAAAUAGGAUAGAUAAUGUUCAUAAGUUGCAUAUGAAUGUAAAUUAUUGAACUAAGAAAAUAAUA